AUUCUCAGUAUCUUAUAAAUGAAAACGAACUUUGCGACAAACGUUUAUCAGAUGUAUUCAGCAAAUUGAAGUUCAUAGAAACAUAAAUAGAUCUAUACAGAGAAGAAAAUAUGGAAUUAAAAGCUGAAAUAGAGAGACUAUCAACUUACCUGAACAAAACUAAAGAUGAUGCUCCCUUUGACUGUUGGGACUUAUCACAAAGGGGAUUUAACAGAUCUGGAAUUUAUCCAAUUUACCCAUGGGGAUCGAAUGAAAAGAGUGUGUAUGUUCAUUGUAAUAUGGACGUGGCUCCUCGAGGAUGGACGAUGGUUCAACAUAGAAAAAGUCUGACAGUUAAUUUCACAAGAGGUUGGCAAGAUUACAAAAACGGUUUUGGGACAAAUGCAGAGUUCUGGUUAGGGAAUGAAAUAGUUCAUCUUCUAACAAGCAGACAUCACAAUCAGCUGUACAUUGGGAUAAUUGAUACAAAUGGUAGUUAUUUGUACCAAAAGUACCAUUUUAUCAGAAUUGGACCAGAAAGUGAUAAGUACAGACUGCAUAUCGAGGGACCGACCACGGGGGAUGCAGGUGACUUUAUUCUUCGAUACAACGAUACCAAAUCAAUCAAUAAUCAGCGUUUUACCACGUUUGACAACGAUAACGACAAUAACGCAGGAAAUUGUGCAACCGGAAGUGGCGGGUGGUGGUACAAUUCGUGUCAUUAUAUAGCCCUGAAUAACGAUCUAAAUAGUCCGGAAACUGUGUACCAAGGCAGGGUCCCAAAUAUGACCUACUUCAGAUUCUCUAGUAUGAUGAUAAACAGAGCACCAUAACAUUUCAACCAGAUGCCAAAAAAAUGUGAAUU